AUGAAACCCACAACCCUGCUCACCACUGCCGCCGUCGUCCUGCUCGCAGGUCAAGUCUUCGCGAAACCAAACAUCGUUCUCAUCCUCGCCGACGAUCUCGGCUACUCCGAUCUAGGCUGCUACGGCGGGGAGGUUCAGACGCCAAAUCUCGACGCCCUUGCCAAAAGCGGCGUCCGCUUCGCCCGCUUCUACAACGCCGGUCGCUGUUGCCCGACGCGUGCCUCACUGCUCACCGGCCUCUUCCCCCACCAGGCUGGAAUCGGGCACAUGAAUUACGACGCCGGUGAGCCCGGAUACCGCGGUGACUUGAAUCGCGACACCGCCACCAUCGCCGAAGUGCUCAAAGCCGGCGGCUACACCACCGGCAUGGCCGGAAAAUGGCACCUCACCCCCCACACCAAACCCGAAGACGACCGCAGCAACUGGCCCCGCCAACGAGGUUUCGACCACUUCUAUGGCACCCUCCCCGGCCACGGAUCACUCUGGGACCCCGCUGGCCUCUACCUCGAAAACGAACCAGUCAAGGCCGGUGGUGACGACUACUUCUACACCGAAGCCAUCGCCGACCACGCCUCCGCCUUUAUCGAACGCUCGGCAAAAAAAGCCUCGCCAUUUUUCCUCUACGUCGCCUUCACCGCCCCACACUACCCACUGCAUGCCAGAAAAAAGACCAUCGCCAAAUACGACGGCGUCUAUGAUCAAGGCUGGGAUGUCCUCCGGGAAAAACGCUUCGCCCGCCUGAAAAACCUCGGCCUGCUCCCCGCGCACGCCAAGCUCCCACCCCGGGACGAAGGCAGUAUCCCGUGGAAAGACGACCCGAACAAAAAGUGGCAAGCCCACCGCAUGCAAGUCUUCGCCGCCAUGGUCGAUGAAAUGGAUCAAGCCAUCGGCAAAAUCCUAGACAAACUAAAAACCACAGACACCGCCGACAACACCAUCGUCGUCUUCCUCUCCGACAACGGCGGCUCCCCCGAAGGCCACCUCAACAACACCAUCGAGCGCCUCGAAAAACCGUGGAAAAGCGCAGUCAUCCCAAAGACCACCCCCGAUGGAAAACCCGUCAUCCCCGGCGACAUCCCCGACAUGGAUCUCGGCGGCGCGCACACCUACGGCAGCUACGGAUUACGCUGGUCGAGCCUAUCCAACACCCCCUUCCGCCGCCACAAAGCGUGGAUGCACGAAGGCGGCAUCGCCUCCCCCUGCAUCAUCAACUGGCCCGGAAAAAUCACCAAGCCCGGGAGAAUUACCCGCCAGAACGGCCACAUCAUCGACCUCAUGCCCACCUUCCUCGAGCUCGCCGACACCGCGCACCCAGAACAGAAAACACCCCUCGCCGGGAUCAGCCUUCUCCCCGUGUUGCAAGAAAAACCACUGAGCAGAGAAACGCUCGCAUGGGAGCACGAAGGUAACCGAGCCUUCCGAUCAGGAAAAUGGAAACUCGUCUCAGAAUUCCCCGGCACCUGGAAAUUUUUCUACCCGUAUGAGAAAAAAGGAGCUUGGGAACUCUACGACCUAGAAGCCGACCCCACAGAACUCAACGACCUAGCACCAUCCCAACCCGAGAAAGUAAAACAGCUCGAAGAAAGCUACGAGACCUGGCGCAAAAAAACCCUCGUCGUCCCCUGGGAAAUGCUGAAAAAGAAAAAAAUUUAA